AUGGUGGGAAGCAUGACUGCAAGUUUUUCUUACUUGGUGGCCGUGGGUAUCAAAAUGGAACUUGGCUUAAAAAAUGGCAAGAUGAUUAUUGCAGCUAGUAAUUCCAACAACAAUAACAAUACCAAGAAAUUCUCUAGCAGUUUCCAUAAGAAAAAGGAAGGAGAAACAAAUGCAAGUCAGUAUCUUAAAGCGGUAAAGGCUUGUAAAUACUUCAAGUCUAAAUAUCCUGACAUUGAACUCGUACCUGAGGAAGAAUUUUUACGCGAUGCUCCCAAGGAUAUCAAGGAUUCCUUUUUAUCGAAAGACAGUGCUCAUAAUCUGAUGCUCAAGAGACUCAAUCUUGAGCUAUACCAGCAUAGAAAGCUCUGCAAACAUCAUGCGAAACUGGAACAACCAAAGAAAGUCCUUUUGGAUACUAUUGCAAACCGAAAGAAGUUCCUGACAAGUCUCCCUUCACAUCUCAAGUCUCUUGAGAAAGCAUCAUUGCCUGUUCAAAAUCAAUUAGGAAUUAUGCAUACUAAGAAACUAAAGCAGCAUCAUUCAGCAGAGUUGCUGCCACCAACCCUUUAUGUGAUUUACUCACAGCUAUUAACUCACCAGGAGGCCUUUGUAGAACCCAUUGAUUUGAAGGUCGUAGGAAGCCUGAAAGGUGCUCCAGCUUUGGCUCGUAAGCAAACUCACAAGGAAACCGAAAUUUCCACUGUCGCAGAGAAUUCUAAAUUGGAAGAUGAUGUUCCCGAUGAUGAAGAAGAUGGCCAGAGAUGUAGAAAAAGGCCAAGGAGGGUACAAGUCAGGGAGGGCUCUAAUCAAGGGGGCAUUUCAAAGUCAUCCACUUAAAAUCAUUAUCCAUAUGGCUUGAGCUUCCUCACCAAUC